AUGUCUGGGGGUGCUGCUGCUGCGUCCGCUGCUGGGUAUGAUAGACACAUUACUAUUUUUUCACCAGAAGGUAGAUUAUUUCAAGUUGAAUAUGCUUUUAAAGCUUGUAAUCAGACCAAUAUAAACUCAGUUGCCGUUAGAGGUAACGAUUGUACUGUCAUAAUAAAUCAGAAGAAAGUUCCAGACAAGUUGCUGGAUGCUGACACCGUUUCUUAUAUUUUCCCUAUUUCUAGAACCAUUGGUAUGGUUGCUAAUGGUCCAAUCCCAGAUGCUAGAAAUGCUGCUCUCAGAUGCAAAGCUGAAGCUGCUGAGUUCCGUUACAAGUACGGAUACGACAUGCCAGCUGAUGUGUUAGCUAAGAGAAUGGCUAAUUUGGCACAAAUUUACACUCAGAGAGCUUACAUGAGACCACUAGGUGUGAUAUUGACUUUUAUUUCUGUUGAUGAGGAAAAAGGUCCUUCAAUUUACAAGAGUGAUCCAUCAGGUUAUUAUAUUGGUUACAAAGUGACAGCAACUGGUCCUAAACAACAAGAAAUUGCCACUUCUCUAGAGAAUUUUUUUAAGAAGCAAAAGAAUCCAAGCAAAAAAGAUCAUUACGAUGAGGAUACCUGGGAAAAGGUUGUUGAAUUUGCCAUAACACAAUUGAUUGAUUCAUUAGGAACGGAAUUCACAAAAAACGAUAUCGAAGUCGGUGUUGCCUUAAAGGAUAAAUUCUUUACUUUAACAGCUUCUGAAAUCGAAGAACGAUUAGUUGCUAUCGCUGAACAAGAUUAA